AUGAUGCGCAACGCUGCUGUCGUUGGCUUCGCCUCUGCCGCCAUGGCCGCUGUCGCUCCUGCGUACGGCGCCACUCCUCCUACCUACGUUGCCCCACCGGUCUACCACCCUGUUGUCAACACCACCAGCAGCGUGCCAACUUACCACUCGAGCUCUACUCCUGUCGCUCCUGUCUAUGGAUCUUCCAGCAGCGCUUCUCACAGCGCUCCUGUCUAUGGAAGCUCUACCGUAUCCCACCCGGCGCCUGUGUACACACACCCUGCGCCUGUGUACAGCACUCACGCACCUGUGUACUCUCACCCAGUGUACUCCACGAAGAACGCUACCAUCCCGGUUUACCACCCAACAACCAAGGCCUCUACCGUCAUCACCACAUACUGCCCUGAGCCCACUACUCUCACAUACGGAUACCAGACUGUGACCGUCACCAAGCCCCAGACCGUUACUGUUACCUGCCCCAUCGAGACCACAACUGUCCCAGUGUACCACCCUACCACUGUUGUCGAGACUACUACUUACACUUCCGAGUGCCCCGUCACAGUGACUACGGCUUCUGGCUACCCAGUCAUCUCCACCACCGUCUCCACCCUGACAUCCGUCAAGACGAAGACAAUUCAAACCCCUAUGACCUAUGUUUUGACCAAGACCCUCCCUGUCGCUCCCGAGACGACCAAGGUUGUCACCUCCGUUGUUCCUUGCCACGAGUGCGAGGCCUCUACCUCAAUUAUGACUAUUACGGAGUCUCACCCAGCUGUUACCGUUCCAGUCACCACCACUGAGGUCUCCACCAGCAUGACGGUUUCCACAUACAUUCCUGGACCAACCCCUCCAGUCUACGUCUCUGUCUCUCACCCCGCGCCACCUGCGCCAAUUGAGAGCGCGCCAGCUUACACACCUGUCUCCCCCAUCUCUCCUCCUCAGUACAGCGCCCCACCGGCUGCCAACACCACCGUCCCAUCUCCCACUUACUCCGCACCACCUCAGUACACCGGUGCGGCCUCGGCCGUCUCCGCUGCCGGCCUCAUGGCUGUUGUCGGUGCCUUUGYCGCCUUUGCUCUUUAA